AUGUCAGAAAUAAAGAGUGCUUUGUAAUCAAAUAUCGUUCAUAUCUUAGAAAACAAGCCUGCAAAGAACAUAGAAGGAUUUAGAUAAUAAUAAUUGGAAGUAAAUAGUUUCAUUGAAAAUAGAGUAGAAGAAAACUUAUAGAAGAAUUCAAAUAACUUUAUAUUUAUGAUGAAAAGGGAAAUUUAAGAGGAGAUUGCAAAAUAAAGAAGUUUGUUGAUGGUAGUAGAUAUGAAGGAUAGUUAUCUAACGAUAAAAGAAGUGGUAUAUAAAUUAAUUUGAUCUAGAUUAGGGUAUGGAAUAUAUUACUAUAAUAAUGGCGAUAUAUUUUUGGGUGAAUGGUUUGAUGAUAAAUUUAAUGGUUCAGGACAUUAUUUAUUUGCGAAUGGUAUAUGGGUUUAAUAAUCUUAGGCGAAAGAUAUUCUGGAGUAUUAUCCGAUGGUUUGAAACAUGGACAUGGCAAAUACUAUUAUUUAAAUGGAAAUACUUAUGAUGGAGAUUGGUAAAAUGAUAAAAAGCAUGGGAAGGGAAGAUAUGUUUAUUACAGUACAGAUGAAUAUUAUGAUGGAGAUUGGAGAGAAGGAGAAAGACACGGAAAAGGAGAGGCUGGUUAUGCAUAUGGUGAUGUGUAUGUGGGAGACUUCAAGAAGAAUGAAAGAAAUGGUUUUGGAAUAAUGAAAUUUAAUGAUGGGGCAAGAGUAGAAGGAAAUUGGGUAAACGGGCAAUUAUGUGGUCAAGCUAAAAUGUAAUAUCCUAAUGGUGAUACAUAUGAAGGAGAAUGGGAUAGGAAUUAAAAGAAUGGAGAUGGAGUUUAUACUAUGUGCAACGGAUAAUCUAUAUAUAAGGGAUAAUUUAGGAAUGAUUUAUGGAAUGGGCUUGGAAUAUUGCAAUAUGAAAAUGGAGAUCAUUACAAAGGAUAUUUUAGGGAUGGUAAGAAAGAUGGAGAAGGGGAAUUUAAAUAUGCUUCAUCAAGAGAUACUUAUACAGGAUAGUUUAGAAAGGAUUAAAGAACAGGUUAAGGAGUAAUGCUUUAUGCUAAUGGAGACAGGUAUGAGGGAGAGUGGUUGGCAGAUAAAAAACAUGGAAGAGGAAAAUAUACUCAUGCUUUAACUGAUGACAUAUAUGAUGGCGAAUGGGUUUAGGAUUAAAAACACGGGAAAGGAUAAUAUAUUUUUGGGUAAUAAUAUAAUUUAACUUGUAAGAAAUGGAGAUUAAUAUGUAGGAGAUUGGUUAUAAGAUAAAAUGCAUGGAAAAGGAAAAUUUAUUACAAAAGAAGGCAUUGUAUAUGCUGGUGAAUUUAAAAAUCAUAGAUAUAUAGGUCCAAUUAAUUGA